AUGGAUGUGAACAUUGAAAAAUUCCUACAAGAUAAUAACAACUUUUUGCCUAUAAGGUAUUCUUACUCAGAUAUCAAGAAAAUCACAAGAAAUUUUAAACACAAAUUAGGAGAAGGAGGAUAUGGUUUUGUAUACAAGGGAAUACUUAGAAGUGGCAGUGAAGUUGCUAUGAAGGUUUUGAACAAACCAAAAUCUAAUGGCGAAGAUUUUAUGAGCGAAGUGGGUACUAUUGGAAUGAUUCACCAUGUCAAUGUUGUUCAACUUGUUGGUUUUUGCUUCGACAACUCUAAGCAAGCUCUUGUUUACGAUUUCAUGUCAAACGGGUCUUUGGAUAAGCAAAUUUUCUUUGAAGAUGGCAUCCACUGUCUUGAUUAUAAGAGUAUAUAUGAGAUCUCUCUAGGUGUGGCAAGGGGGAUAGAAUAUUUGCAUCGAGGAUGCGACAUGCAAAUUCUACAUUUUGAUAUCAAGCCUCACAAUAUUCUUCUAGAUCAAAAUUUUAUUUCCAAAGUUUCUGACUUCAGGCUUGCAAAGCUUUAUCUUGCGAGCCAUAGCGUCGUAUCGUUGACUGUUGCAAAAGGAACCUUGGGAUAUAUGGCUCCUGAGUUAUUCUACAAGUAUCUUGGUGGUGUCUCUUAUAAAGCUGAUGUUUACAGUUUUGGGAUGUUGCUAAUGGAAAUGGCCGGUAGGAGGAGAAAUAUAAAUGCAAAAGUUGAUUGCUCAAGUCAAAUUUAUUUCCCUUUGUGGGUUUACGAUCAACUCAACAAAGAAAAUGAGCUUGGAAUGGAAGUAGUAGAAGAGGAAAGAGAGAUAAUUAGGAAGAUGGUAAUAGUUGCCCUUUGGUGCAUACAGUUAAUCCCAAAUGAUCGGCCAUCAAUGAGAAGGGUCCUAGAUAUGCUUGAAGGAGAAAUUGAUAUAUUGCAACUACCCCCAAAGCCACUUCUGUAUCCGUCUGAGGAGCCAGUUGAUGAUAACAACAUUGGAAUAGAACUUGAAUCAUUCUCAACUUCAUCAAAAGAAUUGCCUCAUGGUUACAUUGCUUGUUUCUCGAGUGCUCUUGAUAUGGCAGAACAAGCUCGUCUUGUAUGGAGCAAUGAGUCUGUCUCCCUUCUCUCCACCGUCCGAUAUCAAGCUUUCUCCUUCCUGCCAAAACCCCUUGCCCAAGCCCUCCUGGCGGCCCCCUCGGCAGAACAACAUCCCACUUCGACCUCACGUCCCGUGAUGGGUCCCAUCCCGACCUCCUCACCUUCUAUCUCCUCCUCAAGUCCUGCAUUCACUCCUGCGUGUUGGCGAGUCCAUUGUGUGCUCACCCGGUCCCAGCUAGAGCCCGACUCGUUGAUUCUCAACUCGCCCAUCAGUCUCUACUCAAAACCCAUUGACUGGGCUGAGGCGCAGAGGAUUUUUAUGGACAAUAAUCACAUGGGUAGAAGCAGUCGAUACUUCCGUUCGUAUGCUUGA